ACCCAACCUCCCAGAUGAGUCCUAUUAUGAGGAUUACUCUUUGGUUGGCAGAACUGAACAUGGUGGUUUGCACUUGGGUUCUGGUGGCGCAGGCGCAGGAGCAGCCAGCUGUGGCAGCGCAUUAGUUUUGGCGCAAGCGAGCCUAUGCUGCAGGGUCACUUUUGGCUGGUCAGGGAAGAAAUAAUGAUAUCACCUUCUUCCCUCCCCAAUCUUUUUUUUUCCCCUUUACAAAUUUCCCCCUUUCCCCUUAUCUCCUUCCCUUCUCGUCUUCUUUCAUUAAACCCUCCUAAGGCAUGUUAUUUGAAAGCAAUUGAGACGCAACCAAACUUUGCAGUAGCUUGGAGUAAUCUCGGCUGUGUUUUCAAUGCACAAGGGGAGAUUUGGCUAGCAAUUCAUCACUUUGAAAAGGCUGUCACCCUUGACCCAAAUUUUCUGGAUGCUUAUAUCAAUUUAGGAAAUGUCUUGAAAGAGGCACGCAUUUUUGACAGAGCUGUAGCAGCUUAUCUUCGUGCCUUAAGUUUGAGCCCAAAUCAUGCGGUGGUGCAUGGCAAUCUGGCUUGUGUGUACUACGAGCAAGGCCUAAUAGACUUGGCCAUCGAUACCUACAGACGAGCUAUAGAACUGCAGCCACAUUUCCCAGAUGCUUACUGCAACCUAGCAAAUGCACUCAAAGAGAAGGGCAGCGUUGCUGAAGCAGAAGAUUGUUAUAACACAGCUCUUCGUCUAUGUCCUACCCAUGCAGACUCUUUGAAUAACCUCGCCAAUAUCAAACGGGAACAGGGCAAUAUUGAAGAGGCGGUCCGCCUAUAUCGCAAAGCAUUAGAAGUCUUCCCAGAGUUUGCUGCUGCACAUUCCAACUUAGCAAGUGUACUGCAACAACAGGGGAAGCUGCAGGAAGCACUGAUGCAUUAUAAGGAAGCCAUACGAAUCAGUCCUACAUUUGCUGAUGCUUACUCUAAUAUGGGAAACACUCUAAAGGAGAUGCAGGAUGUUCAGGGAGCCUUGCAGUGUUAUACUCGUGCCAUCCAGAUUAAUCCUGCCUUUGCAGAUGCACACAGCAAUCUGGCUUCCAUUCACAAGGAUUCAGGGAAUAUCCCAGAAGCAAUAGCUUCUUACCGCACAGCUCUGAAACUUAAGCCUGAUUUUCCUGAUGCCUAUUGUAAUUUGGCUCAUUGCCUACAGAUUGUCUGUGAUUGGACAGACUAUGAUGAGCGAAUGAAGAAAUUGGUUAGUAUUGUAGCUGAGCAGCUAGAGAAGAAUAGGCUGCCUUCUGUGCAUCCUCAUCACAGCAUGCUGUACCCUCUUUCUCAUGGCUUCAGGAAGGCUAUUGCAGAGAGGCAUGGGAAUCUCUGCUUGGAUAAGAUUAAUGUCCUUCAUAAACCACCAUAUGAGCAUCCAAAAGACUUGAAGCUCAGUGAUGGCCGGUUGCGUGUAGGGUAUGUGAGUUCUGACUUUGGGAAUCACCCUACUUCUCACCUUAUGCAGUCUAUUCCAGGCAUGCACAAUCCUGAUAAAUUUGAGGUGUUCUGUUAUGCCCUGAGCCCAGAUGACGGUACAAACUUCCGAGUGAAGGUCAUGGCAGAAGCCAAUCAUUUCAUUGAUCUUUCUCAGAUUCCAUGCAAUGGAAAAGCAGCUGACCGCAUUCACCAAGAUGGAAUUCACAUCCUUGUAAAUAUGAAUGGGUAUACCAAGGGGGCUCGAAAUGAGCUCUUUGCUCUCAGGCCAGCUCCUAUUCAGGCAAUGUGGCUGGGAUACCCUGGGACUAGUGGUGCACUGUUUAUGGAUUAUAUCAUCACUGAUCAGGAAACUUCCCCAGCUGAAGUUGCAGAACAGUAUUCUGAGAAACUGGCUUACAUGCCUCAUACUUUUUUUAUUGGUGAUCAUGCUAAUAUGUUCCCUCACCUGAAGAAAAAAGUAGUCAUCGAUUUUAAAUCCAAUGGGCACAUUUACGACAAUCGGAUAGUUCUGAAUGGCAUCGAUCUCAAAGCAUUUCUUGAUAGUCUACCAGAUGUGAAGAUUGUCAAGAUGAAAUGUCCUGAUGGAGGUGACAAUGUAGACAGCAGUAACACAGCUCUUAAUAUGCCUGUCAUUCCCAUGAAUACAAUUGCAGAAGCAGUUAUUGAAAUGAUUAACAGAGGACAGAUUCAGAUAACAAUUAAUGGAUUCAGUAUUAGCAAUGGACUGGCAACUACACAGAUCAAUAAUAAAGCUGCAACUGGAGAGGAGGUUCCCCGUACCAUUAUUGUAACCACCCGUUCCCAGUACGGGCUACCAGAAGAUGCCAUUGUGUACUGUAACUUUAAUCAGUUAUAUAAAAUUGACCCUUCUACCCUGCAGAUGUGGGCAAAUAUUCUGAAACGUGUACCUAAUAGCGUGCUUUGGCUGUUGCGUUUUCCAGCAGUAGGAGAACCCAAUAUUCAACAAUAUGCACAAAAUAUGGGUCUUCCCCAGAAUCGUAUCAUUUUUUCACCUGUGGCUCCGAAAGAGGAGCAUGUCAGAAGAGGUCAGCUGGCUGAUGUCUGUCUGGACACUCCCUUAUGUAAUGGACACACCACAGGAAUGGAUGUUCUCUGGGCAGGAACACCCAUGGUGACUAUGCCAGGAGAGACUCUCGCCUCUCGAGUUGCGGCUUCUCAGCUCACUUGCCUAGGAUGUCUUGAGCUCAUUGCUAAAAGCAGACAAGAAUAUGAAGACAUAGCUGUGAAACUAGGAACUGAUCUAGAAUACCUGAAGAAAAUUCGUGGCAAAGUCUGGAAACAGAGAAUAUCUAGUCCUCUGUUCAACACCAAACAGUACACAAUGGAAUUAGAGCGGCUCUAUCUGCAGAUGUGGGAGCAUUAUGCAGCCGGCAACAAACCUGACCACAUGAUUAAGCCUGUUGAAGUCACUGAGUCAGCCUGAAUAAAAGACUGCGCACGGGAGAAUUACCCCUAUACCUGAGCCUCAACCUUCUGGGGGAAAGGGAACUAGAUAACAUGCUUUGUACUUAUCUGUACAGUACCUUGUUGCAGAUGGAUGAUAUAUAACGAUAAUAGAAUAGCACAGCCAGACUUGCUUCCUGCAUGAUAGGGAGAUACAAGAGAUAAGAAACUGCUACUCCACAAGGAAUCUCUGUAGAGUUUUGCAGUAAGCAGGUGGUGCAGAGGUCUGGAAGGUCUGGUCUCCCUUGGUCUUCCAUGGGAUGCUUAAUGUGGAGGGAGAUAGAGAUUGACCAGCCAUUUCGUGAUUCCAUGGAUAGAUUGAGUCUUCUGAUCCUUUUUUCCUUUAUAUUUUGGGUAUUGGAGCUUUUAAAAAUGUUUGCUUUCAGGUAUUUUUACUUACGUGAAGUGAUCUUGAUUCUUCUGAGAUAAGGUUUUAAACUAAAAU